AUGUGUGUAUAUCUAUCUAUCUAUCUAUCUAUCUAUCUAUCUAUCUAUCUAUCUAUGUAUGCAUGUAUCUAUCUAUCUAUCUAUCUAUCUAAUUAUUUUCAUUAUCUAUCUAUCUAUCUAUCUAUCUACAUUUCUUCAUAUCUAUCUAUGUAUGUAUGCAUGUAUCUAUCUAUCUACUAUUCACAUCUAUCUAUCUAUCUAUCUAUCUAUCGCAAGCUAUUCACAUCUAUCUAUCUAUCUAUCUAUCUAUCCUCAUCCAACACAUAUAAUCUGUUUUUCCGUGUGGUAUUCUUGCUUUCAUUUUCUUUGUUAAUCGUCACGCUUUUCACUAGAUUUUGUCACCUGCGUUUUUACCUUCUACAUUUAUCUAAUUCCUACAUCUUCCAAACUGCCAAUAUUUCUCCAUUUUUAUUUUUAUUCCCUCACUCCAUUAUUCCUUCUCCUAGACCCACCCUUUCUUCUUCUUCUUCUUCUUCUUCUUCUCCUUCUUCCUCUUCUUCUUCUUCUUCUUCUUCUUCUUCUUUCCUCACUUCCUCCAUUAUUCCUUCUCCUAGACCCACACUUUUCUUCUUCUUCUUCUUCUUCUUCUUCUUCUUCUUCUUCUUCUUCUUCUUCUUCUUCUUCUUUCCUCACUUCCUCCAUUAUUCCUUCUCCUAG